ACAGGCCGGCAGCGGUGCAGGGGUCCCCACACACUGGCCCGCCCCCGGCAUGCAUGAACCCCGCCUUGAUGAGCACUCCCUGGUAUCGCUAUCAAGAUGAGGACUCUCCACCUGAGCACGGGUUCCCGCGGCUGACCAACGAGGUGCGCGCCCCUGAGCUGGUGCACGUGUCGGAGAAGAACCUCUCGGAGAUUGAGAAUGUGCAUGGCUACGUGUCCCACUCCCAUAUCUCCCCGCUCAAGGCAAGUCCCGCUCCAAUAAUUGUCAACACCGACACUCUGGAGAGCGUACCUUACGUCAACGGGACAGAAAUUGAAUAUGAGUUUGAAGAAAUCACACUAGAGCGGGGGAACUCAGGGUUGGGUUUCAGCAUCGCUGGAGGAACAGAUAACCCCCAUAUCGGUGAUGACCCAGGGAUCUUCAUCACCAAGAUCAUCCCUGGUGGCGCGGCAGCAGAGGAUGGCCGGUUAAGAGUGAAUGACUGCAUACUGCGGGUGAAUGAUGCCGACGUGUCUGAGGUGUCUCACAGUAAGGCAGUGGAGGCCCUGAAGGUGGCCGGCUCUAUCGUCAGGCUGUACGUUCGCCGGAGGAGACCCAUGCUGGAAACUAUCAUUGAAAUCAAACUCAUCAAAGGACCAAAAGGGCUGGGCUUCAGCAUCGCAGGAGGGGUGGGCAACCAGCACAUCCCGGGGGACAACAGCAUCUUUGUCACUAAGAUCAUAGAUGGAGGUGCAGCACAGAAGGACCAGCGCUUGCAGGUUGGAGACCGGCUGCUUAUGGUGAACAACUACACGCUGGAAGAGGUCUCCCACGAGGAGGCUGUAGCCAUACUGAAGAACACGUCUGACGUUGUGUACCUGAAGGUGGGCAAGCCCACCAGUGUUUACUUAUCAGAUCCCUAUGGGCCACCUGAUAUCACGCACUCGUUCUCUCCAGCAAUGGAAAAUCAUAUCUCUUCCGUGGGCAACAACGGCACUCUGGAGUACAAGUGCAGUCUUCCCCCCAUGCCCAUCUCUCCUGGAAGGUACUCCCCCCUCCCAAAACACUUACUCGGGGAAGAGGACAUUAACAGAAAUGCCUCCAUAGAUGACGGGGAGGCUCACAGGUUUGAGUCGCAGCACUUCCAGUUGAGGGAUCCCAGGAGGAUGGUCCUCCACAAGGGCUCCACAGGCCUGGGAUUCAACAUCGUGGGCGGGGAGGACGGAGAGGGCAUCUUUGUCUCCUUCAUCCUGGCGGGAGGGCCUGCCGACCUGAGCGGAGAGCUGCGGAGGGGAGACCAGAUCCUGUCGGUUAAUGGCAUCGACCUACGCGGGGCCACCCACGAGCAAGCUGCUGCAGCACUAAAGGGGGCGGGCCAAACUGUCACCAUCAUUGCUCAGUACAGGCCCGAGGAGUACGGGCGUUUCGAGGCCAAAAUCCAUGAUCUGCGGGAACAGAUGAUGAACCAUAGCAUGAGCUCUGGGUCCGGAUCCCUCCGAACCAAUCAGAAACGCUCCCUUUACGUCAGGGCACUGUUCGACUAUGAAAAGGCUAAAGACAGUGGACUCCCUAGCCAGGGCCUCAGCUUCAGGUAUGGGGACAUCCUCCACGUCAUCAACGCCUCAGACGAUGAAUGGUGGCAGGCCCGGAGGGUGACCCCUGAUGGGGACAGCGAAGAGAUGGGAGUCAUCCCCAGCAAGAGGAGGGUUGAGAGGAAAGAACGAGCUCGACUAAAGACAGUGAAGUUCAAUGCCAAACCUGGAACCAUCGAUUCCAAAGUGUCAUUCAAUGACAAGCGUAAAAACAACUUCAUCUUUACACGAAAGUUCCCAUUCUACAAGAACAAGGAGUUGGGUGAGCAGGAUGGCAGUGAUUCAGAACGGAGUCAAGAGGACACGAUUCUCUCCUAUGAGCCUGUCAUUCGACAAGAGAUUAAUUACGCCAGACCCGUCAUAAUCCUUGGACCAAUGAAAGACAGAAUCAACGACGACCUGAUAUCCGAAUUCCCUGACAAAUUUGGCUCCUGCGUGCCACAUACCACUCGGUCGAGGAGGGACUACGAGGUCGAUGGGCGGGACUACCAUUUUGUAAUGUCCAGAGAGCAGAUGGAGCAGGACAUCCAAGAGCACAAGUUCAUUGAGGCGGGCCAGUACAACGACAAUCUAUAUGGAACCAGUGUUCAGUCGGUCAAAUAUGUGGCUGAGAGGCAGGGUAAACACUGCAUACUGGACGUGUCAGGGAAUGCCAUAAAACGACUACAAGUAGCACAACUCUAUCCCAUUGCCAUCUUUAUAAAGCCUAGGUCCAUUGAUUCAUUAAUGGAGAUGAAUAAGAGAUUAACAGAAGAGCAGGCCAGGAAGACAUUUGACCGUGCCAUGAAGUUGGAGCAGGAGUUUGGCGAGUUUUUCACAGCACUUGUUCAAGGAGACACCUUAGAAGACAUUUAUAACCACUGCAAAAUGGUGGUAGAGGAGCAUUCAGGACCCUACAUCUGGAUCCCAUCAAAAGAGAAAUUAUGAGAACACACCACUUUGGCAGGGAUAUUGGACUGCUAGAUUCCCAACAUACUUUGUAACAUAUGUUCAACUGUAAUGGUAAUUUAUAUUGUUCAUAAUUAUAGCCAAUUAAUAUUAUUUUUUUCUUAUAGUUUAUUUUUUUUCCACUUUCAAUAUGAAUGUUCCUGAAUGUACACCACAACGUUUAAGAAACAUUUUUGGCCUGAAAACAUUGACUGUUUGUAUAUUUCAUGUUUUUAUUUUAAAAAAUGCUAAGGAAAUUUAAUAAACAAGGGCAUGUGUUCACGUCGACACUGCGUGGAAUUUCAUAUGAAUAUUCGAAGAUCGCCACGCCAAUGAAGGAGGGGAAGGAAAUAAUAUCAGCUUCUUUUGCUUCUCUCCACGCAACAGCUAGCACUUUGUGUCCUCCGACACUAACCUCACAUCAGUAGUUGACAUUUUGUUUGACUUUAGCAUCUAUGGGCCUUGGACACAGUUCAUCGUAAUCCGCCUAUUUUUACGUUCUUAUUCUUUUUUGAAUCUAGAUUUGUUUGAAAAUGUUUUCUUUGAAUAAGAAUUCUCCUCAACUGUAUUGUUUUUUGUUGUUGUGCGGAUUAUUUCUUAAAAAAUACAAUUAUUGUUAAGAUGCUUUGAUUAGAAUGAAUAAUUAAUGGGUAAAUCUACAUUUAGGUGUAGGAAAUGUGACAUUAUAUUUUGCUAUUUAUAUUGAUAGAGGGCACAACAGCACAAAGUAUUUAUUAUGAAGAUAUAUAACUUUGAUUAAAAAAUAAAUAAAAAAUCUGAUCUUAA